AUGCCGCCACUCCCACCAUCCGUGAGACGCCUCCUCCAGAGCAUCUGGUGGUGCACGAGAUGCCUUCUCCUCGUCCUCAUAUUCCUCUUCUUACAGGGCACUUUCAUCCAAUGGAAGAUGCCGCACAACACUGAUCCGUUCAACACCUACAACUCAACCUUGUCGCACAAUUUCUUCCUCCUCGCAGCCGAGGACGGCAAUACACUACACAUGUUGUCAGAUGUCACAACCUCGCUCGACUCAACGCUCCAGCAGCGGAUGAAGAACCACCUGAAUUUGACAAGCAACCUCCUACCCGACAACUGGUCGCCGCUCCUGCUCUUCGAAAUGCAGAAGUUCAACUUCUGGCAGCACGACCUCGAAGAAGCGCUGAACGAGACAAUCGCACAGAUGGAAACGCACACCACGCGCGUACACGCCAUCAACGCCGCGGUGCAGUAUGGCACAAUAGACCUCGCCCGCACUAUGGACGCGCUGCCGUGGUGGGAAAUCCGACUCAUGAACGUACUAUGGUGGACCGGCGCGUAUGCCGACAAAGUGCUCCAGACAGACACAUGCCGAGUGCUCCACACGGCGACCCACGGCAUUGCCUCGCUUACCGGCUCCCUCCGCUUUCGCAACCUCAUCACGACGUCUACGCCAACCACUAUCCGCGCCAGCCUAGUAAACGUCUACAUCCAGGCAGACGUUAUGCAACAAGCGGCGCGCUCGCUGUACACUAGCCCGGGCGGCGACCUAGCAUGGCGCGCGGAAAUGGAGCAUCGCUUCGGCGCGGAUGAUGAGUUUCUUACCCGCAGGAAGUCGAUUGCAGAGGAUGGCUCGACGCUCCAGAGGAACAUCUUGAACAAACUACUGCUGGAGACUUCCGAGAUCAAGUCCCAAGUUAUGAAAACGUAUCGGCAGAUGGGCGCGUGGCAGCGCAAGUUGGAUGGGGCGGGGAGAGGGAUGGAGGAUCUUUUGGAGGGGAGGGAGUGUAGUGGUUUGGCGCCAAGGGUGCAGCGCAAGAAAAAGGGGAAGGUAGAGAAGAAGAAAGUGGGAAGGGGCUCGUGGUGGACGUGGGCUAGGAAUGAGGUGCUGGGGGUGCAGAGUAUGUGGGCGGUUAGCCCGGUAACGGUUGUGGCCUUGGUAGAGAAUCUGUGGGUUGAGCUUAUGUAG